AUGUCGCGAGCGUGGCGCUCCGAUGCGCCGGAGCGCGCGCCGCGCUCGCCGAGCGCGCUGGAUUCGCUUCUUCGGUCAGUUCAGCUUCGGCUCCCUGGCGUCUCACCGAGUGACCAAACCCCAGUCGACCCUGCCAGUGCAGAUGAUGAAUGUUGCGGUGUUUGCCCGGAGCGCCUCUUACCAGAAACCCAGGCUCACCAGCUUUCCGUGCCCUUCCUGUCGUGCCGCCGGCGCCGCGGCAUAGGCCUGGUGAUGGGUGGAGCUGAGCAGAGUGGCUCGUGGCUGGCGCAGUCGGGCUGCGACGGACCAUCUCUGGCGGCGGCGGAGGGCUGGGCGCCCUUCGCGCGUCAAUGCGAAGACCGGAGUCACGUCGCAUCAUGUCGCAACACAAUGCUUCACCGUGCUGUGUGGCGCCGCAGGUAA